AUGCCCAUCGUCCUCCGUACGGUGAAGCAGGUCCGCCAGUGGCGCCUGGCGCUUUGCCAGGCACAAAAGCUGGUCGGUUUCGUCCCCACCAUGGGGGCAUUACACCACGGUCACCUCUCGCUCGUCCACCAGUCCCAGGCCGAUAACGACGCCACCGUGGUGCUGAUCUUCGUCAACCCGUCUCAGUUUGGCCCCACCGAGGACUUGGACGCUUAUCCGAGGACUUUAGACGAUGAUUUAGCGCAAUUGGAAGCGGCUAAUGUCGAAGCGGUGUUCGUUCCUAAAGUAUCGGAGAUGUACCCGAGUGGCAUUGUCCUUGAUGUCAAUGAGCAAAGAGGGGCGUUUGUCGAGGUCAAAGGCUGUUCCCACCAGUUGGAGGGGGUUACUAGACCCCAGUUCUUUCGCGGAGUGGCCACCGUCGUCUGUAAAUUGCUCAAUGUCGUCCAACCCACCAGAGUCUAUUUUGGUCAGAAAGAUGCCCAACAAUGCGUGGUUGUCCGCAAUAUGGUGAAAGAUUUGCUUAUAGACACGGAAGUGAAAGUGUUACCGACCCAGAGAGAGCCGCUGGGGCUUGCGUUGUCGCUGAGAAAUGCCUAUUUGAGCGAUACUACUAAGGACGAGCUGAAGGCGAUUUACCAGGCUCUUUCCCAGGGUAAACAAUUGUGGGUUGACGAUGCUACAGUUAAGGGAACUGAUAUUGUUGAUUUAGUGCAAAAGCAAUUGGUUGAUCUGGGAUUACAGGUCGAGUAUGUCGCCUGUUCUCACCCGGAGACAUUAGACGAUUUAACCGAUAAAGUGGUCCCCGGAGCCAUUGUUUCCACUGCCGUACACGUGCCUCGGGCCCAGGGUACCGGCACUGCUCGUCUCAUCGACAACGUCAUCUUAGAAUAG